CGCCGCUUUCCCGCCCUCCGGCAGCGGCCCCGGCCCGAGCCCCCCUCAGAGCCCCGGGACCCCCCCAGACCCCCGGGACCCUCCCGGGCCGUCCCGGCCCCACCAUGGGCUUCCUGAAACUCAUCGAGAUAGAGAACUUCAAAUCGUACAAGGGCCGCCAGAUUAUCGGGCCCUUCCGCCGCUUCACCGCCAUCAUCGGCCCCAAUGGCUCCGGUAAAUCCAACCUGAUGGACGCCAUCAGUUUCGUGCUGGGGGAGAAGACGAGCAACCUGCGGGUGAAGACGCUGCGGGACCUGAUCCACGGCGCGCCCGUGGGGAAACCCGCGGCCAGCCGCGCCUUCGUCAGCAUGGUGUACUCGGAGGAGGGCGCCGAGGACCGCACCUUCGCCCGCGUCAUCGUCGGCAGCUCCUCCGAGUACAAGAUCAACAACCGCGUGGUGCAGCUGAGCGAGUACAGCGAGGAGCUGGAGAAGCUGGGCAUCCUCAUCAAGGCCAGGAACUUCCUCGUCUUCCAGGGAGCAGUGGAGUCCAUCGCCAUGAAGAACCCCAAGGAGCGCACGGCUCUCUUUGAGGAGAUCAGCCGCUCGGGGGAGCUGGCCCCCGAGUACGACAAGCGCAAGAAGGAGAUGGUCAAGGCCGAGGAGGACACGCAGUUCAAUUACCACCGCAAGAAAAACAUCGCGGCCGAGCGCAAGGAGGCCAAGCAGGAGAAGGAGGAGGCUGACCGGUACCAGCGGCUCAAGGACGAGGUGGUGCGGGCGCAGGUGCAGCUGCAGCUCUUCAAGCUGUUCCACAACGAGGCCGAGAUCGAGAAGCUCAACAAGGAGCUGGGGCUGAAGAACCGCGAGAUCGACAAGGACAAGAAGAGGAUGGACAGGGUGGAGGACGAGCUCAAGGACCGCAAGAAGGAGCUGGGCAAGAUGAUGAGGGAGCAGCAGCAGAUCGAGAAGGAGAUCAAGGAGAAGGACUCGGAGCUGAACCAGAAGCGGCCCCAGUACAUCAAGGCCAAGGAGAACACCUCGCACAAGAUCAAGAAGCUGGAGGCCGCCAGGAAGUCCCUGCAGAACGCCCAGAAGCAGUACAAGAAACGCAAGGCCGACAUGGACGAGCUGGAGAAGGAGAUGCUGAGCGUGGAGAAGUCCAGGCAGGAGUUCGAGGAACGCAUGGAGGAGGAGAGCCAGAGCCAGGGGAGAGACCUGACCCUGGAGGAGAACCAGGUGAAGAAGUACCACCGCCUGAAGGAGGAGGCCAGCAAGCGCGCGGCCACGCUGGCCCAGGAGCUCGAGAAGUUCAACCGUGACCAGAAAGCCGACCAGGACCGGCUGGACCUGGAGGAGAGGAAGAAGGUGGAGACCGAGGCCAAGAUCAAGCAGAAGCUGAGGGAGAUCGAGGAGAACCAGAAACGCAUCGAGAAGCUCGAGGAGUACAUCGCCACCAGCAAGCAGUCCCUGGAGGAGCAGAAGCGCCUGGAGGGCGAGCUGACCGAGGAGGUGGAGCUGGCCAAGCGCCGCAUCGACGAGAUCAACAAGGAGCUGAACCAGGUGAUGGAGCAGCUCGGGGACGCGCGCAUCGACCGCCAGGAGAGCAGCCGGCAGCAGCGCAAGGCCGAGAUCAUGGACAGCAUCAAACGCCUCUACCCCGGCUCCGUGUAUGGCCGGCUCAUUGACCUGUGCCAGCCCACCCAGAAGAAGUACCAGAUCGCGGUGACCAAGGUGCUGGGGAAGAACAUGGACGCCAUCAUCGUGGACUCGGAGAAGACGGGCAGGGAUUGCAUCCAGUACAUCAAGGAGCAGCGCGGGGAGCCCGAGACCUUCCUGCCCCUCGACUACCUCGAGGUGAAGCCCACGGACGAGAAGCUGCGGGAGCUGCGGGGGGCCAAGCUGGUGAUCGAUGUCAUUCGCUACGAGCCCCCCCACAUCAAGAAGGCGCUGCAGUUCGCGUGCGGCAACGCCCUGGUCUGCGACAACGUCGAGGACGCGCGCAGGAUCGCCUUCGGGGGCCACCAGCGCCACAAGACAGUGGCCCUGGACGGGACGCUGUUCCAGAAGUCCGGGGUGAUCUCGGGCGGUGCCAGUGACCUCAAGGCCAAGGCUCGGCGCUGGGACGAGAAAGCCGUGGACAAACUCAAGGAGAAGAAGGAGAGGCUGACGGAGGAGCUCAAGGAGCAGAUGAAGGCCAAGCGCAAGGAGGCCGAGCUGCGCCAGGUGCAGUCCCAGGCCCACGGGCUCCAAAUGCGCCUCAAAUAUUCCCAGAGUGACCUGGAGCAGACCAAGACCCGGCACCUGGCACUGAACCUGCAGGAGAAGUCCAAGCUGGAGAGCGAAUUGGCCAAUUUUGGGCCGCGCAUCAACGACAUCAAACGAAUCAUCCAGGGCCGGGAGCGCGAGAUGAGGGAGCUGAAGGAGAAAAUGAACCAGGUGGAGGACGAGGUGUUCGAGGAGUUCUGCCGCGAGAUCGGCGUCAGGAACAUCCGCGAGUUCGAGGAGGAGAAGGUCAAGAGGCAGAACGAGAUCGCCAAGAAAAGGCUGGAGUUCGAGAACCAGAAGACGCGCUUGGGCAUCCAGCUGGACUUCGAGCGCAACCAACUGCGGGAGGACCAGGAGAAGGUGCUGAUGUGGGAGCAGGGCGUGCGCAAGGACGAGGCCGAGAUCGAGAAGCUCAAGAAGGAGGAGCAGCGGCACAUGAAGAUCAUCGACGAGACCAUGGCGCAGCUGCAGGACCUCAAGAACCAGCACCUGGCCAAGAAGUCGGAGGUGAACGACAAAAACCAUGAGAUGGACGAGAUCCGCAAGAAGCUGGGCGGGGCCAACAAGGAGAUGACCCACCUGCAGAAGGAGGUGACGGCCAUCGAGACCAAGCUGGAGCAGAAGCGCAGCGACCGCCACAACCUCCUGCAGGCCUGCAAGAUGCAGGACAUCCGCCUGCCGCUGGCCAGGGGCUCCAUGGACGACAUCAGCCAGGAGGAGGGCGGUGGCACGGCUGAGGACGCCGCUGGCAGCUCCCAGCGCAGCUCCAGCCUCUACGCCCGCGAGGCUCUGAUCGAGAUCGACUACAGCGACCCCGAGGAGCUCAAGGACGCCCAGGCCGAGGAGGAGAUCCGGCAGGAGAUGGCCGCCCUGCAGCAGCGGCUGACGGAGCAGCAGAGCGUCCUGCAGCGCAUCGCCGCCCCCAACAUGAAGGCCAUGGAGAAACUGGAGAGCGUCAGGGACAAGUUCCAGGAGACCUCUGAUGAAUUCGAGGCCGCCCGCAAGCGCGCCAAGAAGGCCAAGCAGGCGUUUGAGCAGAUGAAGAAGGAGCGCUUCGACCGCUUCAACUCCUGCUUCGAGGCCGUGGCCACCAACAUCGACGAGAUCUACAAAGCGCUGUCCCGGAACAGCAGCGCGCAGGCGUUCCUGGGCCCCGAGAACCCCGAGGAGCCCUACCUGGACGGCAUCAAUUACAAUUGCGGCCCCGGGAAGCGUUUCCGGCCCAUGGACAACCUGUCCGGGGGGGAGAAAACGGUGGCAGCGCUGGCCCUGCUCUUCGCCAUCCACAGUUACAAGCCGGCCCGUUCUUCGUGCUGGACGAGAUCGACGCCGCGCUGGACAACACCAACAUCGGCAAGGUGGCCAAUUACAUCAAGGAGCAGUCGGCCGCCAACUUCCAGGCCAUCGUCAUCUCCCUCAAGGAGGAAUUUUACACCAAGGCCCAGAGCCUGAUCGGCGUCUACCCGAGGUACCAAAAAAAAUCCCCAAAAACCGCCCCAAAUUCCCCUGAAAUACCAAAAAU